GAGAAAUUUUUUUAAAACGGAUAGAGUAUGGUUAAAAUUUAGUGAGAGUGUCAGACCAAAAACUCUAAUUAGACCGCUCCAAAACUAAAUGAAGUCUUAUUAAAAGCCCAUUCUAACCUUUGUUUUUUUCGAAAAACGUAAUCCAACCAUUUUUAGACGUACAAGAAAGAGAACAACAAUCAAACAAAGACUUUGCAAUAAAAGAAGACAAUCUUUAAUCAAAUCGAUUAAAUUUGAAUUAUAAUUCUGAAUGAUCUCACCUACAAAAAUGGAGACUACAGAUUUUUCCAGGAAAGCUCAAGGCAGAUUAGCUGUUCUUGCAACUCACCUUUCAACAGCAUCAUCAGCUGAUCCACCGCUUAAUUUCUCAAAUGUUCUUGAUUUAUCUUGUGUUUCUUCUCAAUCUAUUGUUGCCCCACCUCCUAAUUUGAAGGGAUCUAUCACAAUUGUUGAUGAUAGAACUGGGAAAAAGUACCAAAUUCCUGUUUCUGAGGAUGGCACUGUCAAAGCUACUGACUUGAAGAAGAUUACAACUGGAAAGAAUGACAAGGGACUCAAACUAUACGAUCCUGGUUAUCUUAAUACUGCUCCUGUUCGAUCAUCAAUUUGCUAUAUUGAUGGGGAUGAAGGGAUCCUUAGGUAUAGAGGCUACCCUAUUGAGGAGCUGGCUGAGGGUAGUUCAUUUCUAGAAGUAGCAUACCUUCUGAUGUAUGGAAAUCUACCCUCUAAAAGUCAGUUGUCAGAAUGGGAAUUUGCUGUGUCCCAGCAUUCAGCUGUUCCUCAGGGCGCAUUGGAUAUCAUACAGGGAAUGCCUCAUGAUGCACACCCAAUGGGUGUUCUUGUUAGUGCAAUGAGUACUCUUUCUGUCUUUCACCCUGACGCUAAUCCUGCUUUGAGAGGUCAGGAUCUUUACAAGUCAAAGCAAGUGAGAGAUAAACAGAUAGUCAGAAUACUUGGGAAGGCUCCAACGAUUGCAGCUGCAGCUUAUUUGAGAUUGGCUGGACGGCCUCCAGUUCUUCCUUCCAACAACCUUUCAUAUUCAGAGAACUUCCUUUACAUGCUUGAUUCUUUAGGUGAUAGGGCUUACAAACCAAAUCCUCGUUUAGCCCGAGUUCUAGAUGUUCUUUUCAUACUACAUGCUGAGCAUGAAAUGAAUUGCUCUACCGCUGCUGCCCGACAUUUAGCAUCAAGUGGUGUUGAUGUGUACACAGCUCUUGCUGGUGCUGUUGGGGCACUCUAUGGUCCUCUUCAUGGGGGUGCAAAUGAGGCUGUGCUCAAAAUGCUGAAUGAAAUUGGAAGUGUUGAAAACAUACCAGACUUUAUCGAGGGAGUCAAAAAUAGGAAACGGAAAAUGUCCGGAUUUGGGCAUCGUGUGUAUAAAAAUUAUGAUCCCAGAGCAAAGGUUAUUAGGACGUUGGCAGAGGAAGUAUUCUCCAUAGUUGGAAGAGAUCCCCUCAUUGAGGUGGCUGUUGCUUUGGAGAAAGCUGCCCUAUCAGAUGAGUUUUUCAUAAAGAGGAAGUUGUACCCAAAUGUUGAUUUUUACUCUGGGUUAAUCUACAGGGCAAUGGGCUUCCCAACCGAGUUUUUCCCUGUUUUGUUUGCAAUCCCUCGAAUGGCUGGGUAUUUGGCCCACUGGAGGGAGUCACUUGAUGAUCCUGAUACAAAGAUAAUGCGACCCCAACAGGUAUACACUGGAGUAUGGUUAAGACAUUACUUGCCCUUGAAAGAUCGUAUGGAUUCAUCUGGGGCAGACAAGCUUAGUCAGGUCUCGGUUUCAAAUGCAACAAGGCGGAGACUGUCAGGAUCUGGACCUUGAAGAAAAAACAUUCCACUCUGAUAGGAAAUAAAUGGAGAAAACAGUUUCUAUCUUGUUUUUAUAUAAUAAGGUUAUGGGGACAGCAAGACUCGACAUUUAGGAAAUAAGCUUUAAUCAAAUCACCACCACCCCUCCCCUCCCCCGGCAGGGAACUGUAACUAAGGUUUUUUUUUUUUUUUGGGUAAUGUUACAAAAUAAAUUGUUGCAGGGGUUAAGUUAUUUUACUUUUAUUAUUUUGCUUUUUUUUAAAAAAAAAAAAAAAAUUGUGUAAGAUUGAUUUGGAAUUUUGGAGUGUGUUUUUAAUUUGUCCAGUAAGUAACAAAUAUGGAUCCUUUUUUCGCUACCAUA